AUGUCGAAAAAUCCAAGAUCUUAUCAAGUUAAGAAUCAGACUUUGCGAAAGCAAAUAAAAGCGCGUACACGAGAAAAUUUUAAAGCGACAUACAAAGAUACAGUGCAUCAUCUUCUGGAAGGAACUACAAGAAACCUUCCAUAUCAAUUAACCAUGACGGAUCUAGAAGAACUUCUAGAUCUCGGAAAAAGGGUCACAGGAACCAGCGAGAAAUUGCCUCGUCCUCAAAAUGCGUGGGUUCUAUAUCGAAAGUUCAUGGGUCCUCGCGUAAAUGUAACGGGAGAUACACUCUCUAAAACUACCAAAAUCGUGAGUGCGAGGUGGAAAAAUGAAUCAAAGGAGGUAAAAGAACUUUUUAAAUCUCUGGCGCAAACGAGCAAGCAAGCUCACAAGAUUGCGUUCCCAAACUACCGCUAUAACCCCGUCCACAAGAAAACCGGUAACAAAGGAACAUUCAAAUUGAGAAUGGAUAGCAGGGUGACCCAAUAUGCACUCAAUGGGACAACGCCCACAACAAAUAAUUCCAAUGAGAGUAAAUCGGUUGAUAUGGAGUUGUCUACUCCUAUAGUUCCUUCCCAACCAGAAGGAUCUUUAAUCCAAAACUCCAAUUCGAGUAUUACUAUUAAUAAUAAUUCUGAGUUAAAUCACCAAAUUAUUUAUGAUCAAGAUUGUAAUAUAUUUAAUGGACAAGUCCCUAAUAAUAAUAAUGAAUUUCAAUUAAAUCCAUUACAUUCUACAAUCCUUGCUGCACCCGAUCCAAAUUUAUUGGAGCUUAACGUUAAUGAUUCUGAUAGUUUGCAUUUAUUUCCCGAAGACUAUGUUUUCGAUUUCGCAGAAUUACUGCACUUUGAUGAUGAUUCAUUUUUCCCACAUUAUCCUUAA